AUGAUCGGAUUCGGUCGCAAGCACGCCCUGGUGGGCACGUCGCUGGCUCCGGCAAUCUUCGGCGUGCUGCGCGGCUACUGCAACAACUACAUCGUGUAUCUGGUGCUGGAGUUCCUCGAGGCUUUCGUCGGCGCCGGCACAUACACCACCGCGUUUAUUUUGGACGAAAGUAUGCGGUGGCUAUUAAGCCACGGAAAAAAGCAACAAGCUGUGAAUAUUAUUUUCAAAGCCGCAAGAAUGAAUAAUAUUCAGCUAUCACCUAAAGCUCUCAGCAUGUUGGUUGAUCAUAAACAGACCGUAGCCAGUCAGACGAGGCUCCCUAGGAGAGUGCUUAGGAGGACAGUGCGCGUGCGCGUGAAGCAGCCGUCCCUGUGUAGCCAGGUGCUGCACUCGAAGACCAUCAUGUACCGGCUGUGCGUGUGCUCGUUCUGGUGGGUGUCCGCCACUUUGAUCUACUACGGGCUAUCCAUUAAUUCAGUGUCGCUCGGCGGCAAUAAGUACUUCAACUUCAUGCUCAUGUCCGCCGUAGAGAUCCCCGGCUUCAUCCUCAGCGUCAUGACGCUUGAUAGAUUUGGCAGGAAGAGCUCUCUUAUGACCUCCUUUUUCUUGUGCGGUAUAUCGCUUCUUGCUCAGCUGUUGACUACCGACGGUGAGAUUUUUUUUAAUUAUAAAUUUCCAUUAUUAAUUUUUAAUUUUAAUUUAUUGACUGAAAAUGUUUUAAUUUUAGCACAAGUAACGAUGGCGCUGGCGCUGGGUGCUAAGAUGAUGAUCAGUAUGAUCUUCUGCUCGAUUUACAUCUACACGAUCGAGUUGUUCCCGACGACGGCGCGCCACAGACUCAUGGGCAUCUGCUCCAUGACCGGCCGCAUCGGCGCCAUGGUCGCGCCGCAGACGCCGCUCUUGGUAUUCUCUAUUCAUCAUUCUGGCUUUAUUCAUAACGAUUAAAUUUAUAAAAUGUGCUUUUUAUGAGGGUUUGCUUGCACACACAGAUGCGCUACCAGAAGUCACUUCCGUUCCUGAUGUUCGGCGUGCUGGCGGGCACGGCAGGCAUGCUGAUGCUGCUGACGCCGGAGACGCUGCACCUGAAGCUGC